AUGGCUUCCUCCCAGCGCGAGAUACUAUCUAACGAAGCAGUUCCUAUUGACUACACCAUCCAACUAGAGCCAAACAUCGAUGCCAAAACUUUCACUGGCUCAAUGGAUAUUAGACUACGAGCCUUUUCAGAGGUCCAAUGGCUUCAACUAAACAGCGUUGAUCUUCGCAUCAAGAAAAAAGUCUUGCAUGACAAUAUCUCCAGCCUGCGCCCGUCGGACUCGAAGAAAAUCAAAUGGAGGCUAGACAUAUCUAAACAAAUUCUGACCCUGAAGCUUGGUCGAGCUAUCUCGGGGAAGGAGUUCAUUGUGCAUAUUGAUUUCAACGGCACUAUCAGCAAAGACGUGGCUGGUUUCUACAGCACCGAAUACAAAGACUCCGAAGAUGUUCAGCACAAACUCCUUGUGACGCAUAUGGAGCCGAGCUAUUGCCGUCGAGUUUUUCCUUGCUUCGAUGAACCCAUUGAGAAAGCAUCAUUUACCAUGGAGGUUGUUGUUCCUUCUGGCCUUGCUUGCCUUUCCAAUAUGCCAUUAGAGAAGAAGACGUUGCUUCCUAAUGGCAAAGUCCAGACAACUUUCAAAAAAACUCCACUUAUGUCCACUUACUUGGUUGCCAUCGCCAUAGGCAGGUUCGACUCUAUUCAAAGUAGAGAGAAUACCCGGGUCCCUAUCAAGCUUUAUGCGCCACUGGGGUUAGCAUCACAAGGGGAAUUUGCGCUUGAUAUUGCCGCUAAGGGUCUUCGGUUUUUCGAGAAGACAUUCAGCUGUGAUUAUCCACUACCGAAGCUAGACCUUGUCGCAAUACCAAAUUUUGAGAUAAAAGCAAUGGAGAACUGGGGCCUAAUCGUUUAUCGUUCAUCGGAUUUAUUGGUUGAUACAGAGGUCACGGGCAAGAGAAAAAUCGCUGAGAUCACACUCCAUGAGGUCGCACAUCAAUGGUUUGGAAAUUUGGUGACAAUACGAUCUUGGGAUAGCCUAUGGCUGAAGGAGGGAUUUGCAAACUGGAUGUCUUGGUUUGCAACUCACCAUUUCUUCCCCGAGUGGUCUUUUGAUGAUAUUUCGUACAACAAAGGGUCCUACAUCUUGAGGAUGAUCUCAACGGCUCUGGGGGAGGAUGUUUUUCUGAGUGGUGUCCGACUCUACCUACAACGACAUCGCUUUGCUAACGCUUCCACAAAUGAUCUUUGGGAUGCACUGCAUGAGGUUAGCAAAGUCGAUAUUUCGAAGAACAUGUCUACUUGGACGCGUCGGGUUGGGUUUCUCGUUAUCUUCGUUGAAGAGGUUGCCGAAGCGGGUCAUCUUUUGAUCAAGCUCACCCAAAGGCGAUACCUUUCUGAUGAGAGUCAGACUGAAACCAAAGACUCCGAGUCCCCUGAGAUCUACCCUAUCUCUGUCAUAGUCAAAACUAAAUCUGGCAUUCAGAGUCAUGAUUUUUUGACUAGACAUAUGUCCUUUACAAUCGAUGACCCCGGUUUCUUCAAGAUAAAUGUGGACCAUGUUGGGUUUUACAGGACUGCAUAUUCAAUGAAGCGCCUUCAAACUUUCGGACUAGCUGCUAAAGAAGGACUUCUGAGCGUGGAGGACCGCAUUGGAAUUCUGGCAGAUGCUUCUGCACUUUCCAUUUCUGGGCAGCAGGAUACUACAGCUCUUCUGGACCUUUUGCUUGAAAUGAGAGAAGAGCCAGAGUAUCUUGUCUGGCACCGCAUCAUAAUCGUUUUGAGAGACCUUCGCUUUGCUCUUCGCUUUGCUCUUCGCUUUAAGGACGACGCGAUACAAGCCGGUUUGAUGAAGCUCUCUUGCCAUAUAGUUGAUUUGAAGCUGCGGGAAAUAGGGUUCGAAAUUAAGCCUGAUGAUGACGGAGACACCCAGAACCUCAAGCAGUUGAUUUACGAAACUGCUGUGAUGUCUGGCAAUCAGAGUGUUAUCUCCAAGGCAAAAUCAAUGUUCAAAUCGUAUUGCCGUGGGAAUUCAGAGGCACUUCAUCCUGCUCUUCGAAACGCCACAUAUGUUCUUAUUCUGGGGAAUGGGGUCGAUUCAUACCAUGCUUACCUGAAACAUCUUUAUGACAAGGCCUCGUCAGAAGAAGAGAAAUCCAUAAUUCGUGGUUAUCUUGACUGCAUAGCCGCUCAACCUGGACGUCAGCGAACUUUGAAUUCUGCCUUCGCUUCCCUCGUUUAA